AUGCCGAGUAACGGCGCUGAUACCCUCAGCACGGGCGAUGCGGACCCUUCUUCUGUCCAGCUAGACCACAUCAUCCGACAUAUUCUGGGGAAGGAUGAUGACGUUGAGGACAUCGAGGAUGACGAGGACGAGGACGAGGACGAGGAGGACAAGGAUGACGGGGACGGGGAGGAGGAUGGGGACGGGGAGGAGGAUGGGGACGGGGAGGAGGAUAAGGAUGAUGAUGACAAUGGGGAUGGAGAGGAACGCCCUCCAAUUGCCGUCAUCGCGACUCCAGCUCGCCAAUCUGUUGCAGGCAGUCGUAAGGCGGCUCACACUCCCAAGACCCCUCUCAGUCUCCAUGACUCUGCUGGUAAGGGAAUGGCGGCGGACGAUGAGAUGGAGCGCCUGCAGAAGAAUGCCGAGGAGCACACCCAGCGCCGCCAUGAUGAGAUGAUACUGGUUGAGAAGGAGAAGAUGAUGGCUGAGAAGGAGAGGAUGAUGGCUGAGAAAGAGAGGGUCGAGAUCGAGAAGGAGAAGGCGGGGCAAGAGGUGUUGUCCUCCAAACUCGAGAUGUGGCACAAGCACAUUGUGUUCAACAUGGAGAGACGAGGUAUGUCGUAUGAGGCUGCCUCGGAGGAUGCCCGCGCGAUGAUGCCUUCUUUCAUGGGAUAG